GAAGGGAAAAAUGAGAGAGACCCCUCCUCCCUCCUCUGAUGGGAUUCGAACUUGUUCCCCAAUUGACAGCAACUCUUGGUUACGAUGACGUUGAAACUAGCCGUAUCGCCAUCAAUGCGACCGCAAUUAAUCAACGAAUAACGAUAAAUUGAUAAUGAAUGACCCAAUCGGGAAUUAGGUAUCGGCGGGCCGGUUAAACACCUACCAGACCCAGAACACGGAGUACGUGGUCGAACGACUGCCAUGAUCAUUCAUUUGCACCUCAAGCUGACUAGCACGAGUGCCGCUACUCUCUGCUAUUUUUUUCACUUCCGCGGCAAAGAAUCGCGUUUCCGAGAAAGCUGGACCCAUAAAGAAGAACCGGAGAAGCCAUGAACAGUGCUCUAACCAAGGUCGCCGUAGUUGGGAGUGGAAUUUCAGGAGCUGUUUGCGCUUCAACUCUUGCCCGAAAUGGAGUUCCAGUCACUCUCUUUGAGUCAGCAAGAGGCCCUGGAGGGCGCAUGUCGCAACGGAGAGAGAACACUGAAGAUGGGAAGGAGCUACUCUUUGACCAUGGUGCUCCAUUUUUCUCAGUCAGCACGUCAGAGGCGUUAUCUCUAGUUCACGAGUGGGAAUCAAGGGGCCUCGUAUCUGAAUGGAAAGAGAAGUUUAGCUCAUUUGAUUUUUGUACUGGGAAAUUUACUGACACAGAACAGGAAGGAUCAUGCAUGAGAUAUGUGGGUGCGCCAGGCAUGAAUUCAAUAUGCAAAGCAUUGUGCAAUGAGAAUGGUGUGGAAAGCAAGUUUGGAGUGAGCAUUGGAAAAAUUGAGUGGUCAGAUGAUGAUCAUUUGUGGUCAUUGAUGGGCUUAGAAGGACAAAUUCUUGGCCAGUUCAAGGGGAUUGUUGCUUCAGAUAAAAAUAUAGUUUCUCCCAGAUUCACAGAAGUGUCGGGGCGAUUGCCACCUCUUGAUUUGAAUUUGGUGCCAGAGUUAUCAACAGAGGUGUGUGAUCUUCCUGUCAGGCCAUGUUUUGCUGUGAUGCUGGCAUUUGCAGAGCCUCUGGCCUCAAUACCCUUCAAAGGCUUUUCCGUGAAGAAUUCUAACAUUUUAAGGUGGGCUCAUUGUGAGAGCAGUAAGCCUGGCCGCUCAACCCAUAGUGAAAGAUGGGUUCUUCAUUCAACAGCAGAAUAUGCAGAGCAAAUAAUUGCUCAAACGGGACUCAAGAAGCCCUCGGACACAACACUGAAAAAAGUGGCUGAUGAGCUUUUCCAAGAAUUUCAAAGCACGGGACUCAACAAAUCUCAACCUUUUUUUAAGAAAGCCCAUAGAUGGGGGAGUGCAUUUCCAGCUGCGAGUAUUGCCCCGGAGGGAAAAUGUCUUUGGGACAGAAAUAAGAGAUUGGCUAUAUGUGGAGACUUCUGUGUUAGUCCCAACGUUGAGGGUGCUAUCGCUAGCGGCUUGGCAGCUGCUUCCAAGCUUUCAGAGAGUUUGAGUUGUUUAUAGUUGGACAAGUGUCUGUUUAUCACGUGAUUUGAGGUUUUAUACUUCAGUCCUUGCUCAAACUUCCGAGUGUCUUCAUUCGAGCAUCUUAGCCGCGAAGAUUCGUGUUUUAAAUUUCUCAAACUUCUAGUGUUACUAAAUUUUGUAAUUUCUUGAAGGUAUAUGAAGGGUGCUUUAAUUUACCUUUUA